UCACCAACUAAUCCCUAUUCUGCUCCCUUUUCUCUGCCCUCCCUAUCUCUCUCCCUCUGGUUAUUCUCAAUAUGGGGAAUGCAGCAGCGUCUUGUGCUCCUUCAAUACUCUCAAACAGUGCAACAGUCAAGGUCCUAUUCUUCGAUGGAAGAUUGGAAGUCUACACAAGACCAAUCAAAGCAGCAGAGCUAAUGCUAGAGAAUUCAGGCCAUUUUGUGGUUGAAUCUACCAGCCUCAAAGUAGGGAACAGAAUCCAUGGACUCACAGCCGAUGAAGAUCUCGAAAGACGAAACUUCUAUUUCCUUCUUCCCAUGGAUUUACUCUACUCAGUUCUAACACAUGAAGAACUCAGCUCCUUAACUUACAAGGCUUCAAGGGCACUCAAGCACAGAGGAAGCUUCAACAACUUCAGCAAGAUUUUUCCGGUCCUCGGUGAGUUCUGUAUGUUUCCCAACUCAGAAUCCAAGACAUUGGAUGGUUCUGAUCAUCACAGUCUUGCAAGCCAUUCGUUAGUGCCAUUGUUAGAGAGGAGGUACUCAAAGCAAAGAUCAUGGAAGCCUGCAUUGGAGACCAUAGUUGAAACCAAUACUCCAUGUAUACAUUGA